AUGGAUGUGGUCUCUACGCCCUUUCCUCCGCCUUCUCGCACACGCACACGCCAACUUGGAAUCCAUGUAACCAAUCAGUCCGACAUAUUGAAGCAGCACUUGUUCUUCAAAAUACACAUCCGAGCAUUCUUGAGAAUAUUCAACGGCUGGCCUUUGUGCAUUUACUAUAACCCCCCAAUGUUGCCAAUCGUGCCCAAGUUCGUUCCAAAAUCCACAGUAUCUUGGCCAAAUCGAACUGGCCAUGGGCCCAGCCGCCCUUCCGUGGCCACUCAGCCAAUUGUGCGUGUCUCAAUUAUGUCGAUAUAUGGCCAGUGGGUGAGCCGGAGGGUUUCACCUGACUAA